AUGUGGAUGAUUGAGGAAAAGGAAAAAGACAGGAUAGAGGCCCUAGAGACGGUGGAGUUGGUAGAAGGAGAGGCGAAUAAGACGACCAAGAUAGGAACGACGUUGAGCCCUGAGAUGAGAAUAAAACUCAUAAGGUUUCUCAAAGAGAACCUAGACGUCUUCGCAUGGAGUCACGAGGACAUGCCGGGCAUAUCUCCAGAAGUCAUCCAACAUAAGUUGAAUGUGGACCCAGAACGAAAGCCCGUCCAGCAACGACGAAGAACCUUCGCUCCAGAACGAGACCAGGCAGUUGCAGAGGAAGUUACCAAACUCCUGACGGCAGGGUUCAUCCGGGAGGUGUAUUAUCCUGAAUGGCUAGCAAAUGUAGUUCUGGUGAAGAAAACCAACGGGAAAUGGAGGAUGAACAUGGAAGUGUACGUGGACGAUAUGUUCGUCAAGAGCAAAGAAGAGCUCGCACACCUGGACGACCUGAAGGAGACAUUUACAACCCUAAAAGCACACCAGAUGAAAUUGAAUCCAAGUAAGUGUGUCUUUGGGGUUGCUUCGGGGAAAUUCCUAGGAUUCAUGGUGUCCCAAAGAGGAAUAGAAGCCAACCCCAAAAAAGUACAAGCCAUCAUCAACAUGACAUCCCCCAGGACCGUGAAGGAAGUUCAAAAACUCACAGGAAGAAUUGCAGCUUUGAACAGCCCACCCCCCCUAAGCCCGUCCAAGAAAGGGGAAAAUCUAUACUUAUACCUGGCAGUGUCAGCCUCGGCAGUGAGUGCAGCCCUGAUCAGAGAAGAGAACAAGAAGCAGCUACCGGUUUACUACGUCAGCCAAGCCUUCCAAGGAGCUGAUUCCAGGUACCCAAAAAUCGAGAAAAUCGCGUUUGCGCUGAUUGUGGCUUCGCGCAAACUAAGGAAAUACUUCCAGGCAAAUCCCAUUCUCAUAAUGACGGACCAACCAAUCAAAAAAACAAUGAACAAGCCAGAAGCUGCAGGAAGAAUGGUCCAGUGGGCGAUUGAACUUAGUCAGUUUGAUAUUGAAUACCAUCCUAGAACGGCGAUCAAGGAACAAGCACUGGCGGACUUCAUCGCAGAGUUCACUCUUCCAGACGAAGACAGGAUUACCAACAAGGUAGACAGAUGGAUAAUACAAACUGAUGGUUCGUCAGCUCAGAGGAAGGGGGGAGUAGGGGUCGUCAUAACCACCCCUGACGGAGAAGUGCUGAAAUAUGGGGUCCAAUUAAGAUUCCCGGCCACCAACAACGAAGUUGAAUACGAGGGGAUACUGACGGGACUGAGGAUUGGAAGGGCACUUGGUGCUAGAAACUUGUUGAUUCAAAGUGACUCAAAGAUAAUGGUCGGACAUAUUAGGGGAGAAUACGAGGCAAAGGAAGAAAGGAUGCAGAAAUACCUCAAGCUGACGAAGCAUCUGACUCAGGAAUUCGAUGUAGUGGAGUUCGUGCAGAUCCCAAGGAGUCAGAACAUAGGGGCUGACGAAAUCUCAAAACUAGCUUCAUCAGAAGAAGGGAAAAUUGGCACAGAUCUGGCAAUGGAGGUCCAAAAACACCCCAGCAUUGAAGAAGUUGCAACAUUCACCAUCCAAGGCACAGACAGCUGGAUGACGCCCAUAUUAUCCUACCUCCAGGACGGGCACCUCCCUUUGAGCACGGAGGAAGCUAAAAAGAUCAAGAAGAGGGCAGCCAGGUUCACGAUCCUUAAUGACGCCUUAUACAAGAGAGGCUUCUCUAUGCCUUACUUGAAGUGUGUCGACGAAGAAGAAACCAGAUACAUCCUAGAAGAAAUCCAUGGAGGAGUUUGCGGCGACCAAGCUGGUCCCAGAUCCCUGGUAAACAAGUGGGUUGAAGCAGAGGCUUUUGCAACGAUUACUGAGGCUCGAAUUCGGAGCUUUGUGUGGAAGAACAUAAUCUGCAGGUUCGGGAUUCCCUUGACGAUCAUAUCUGAUAAUGGGAGGCAGUUUGACAGUCAAGGCUUCAGAGAAUUCUGUUCAAACCUUAGAAUCAAGAAUCAGUUCUCAUCCCUAGGGCAUCCCCAAGCAAACGGACAGACGGAAAUGACGAACAGGACGCUACUCAAGAUUAUCAAAACCAGGCUGGCCGAGGCAAAAGGUGCUUAG